ACUGCUACUGCAAACGAAAGUCUGCAGCUCAGAGCAAGGAGACCGACAGCUCGAGAGCCUGGGAUGAUCAAUCUUACUCCUCUCUCGGCCUCGGCUUCGUCGUCCUCAUCCUCUGAGCCAUUAUGCUACCUGUUAGAACUGGACGAAGCUCGAAUCCUGCUGGACCUGGGACAGAGAGACUUUCGAGCAAGUGCAAUCAGAGGCGAUUGGUCGUAUGAGGAGAAGGUAAGAGAACUCGCACCAACAAUCUCGCUGGUCCUUCUCUCUCAUUCGCCAACGACCUACCUAUCCUUGUACCCGUAUGCGAGAGCAAGAUGGGGAUUGACGUGCCCUGUAUACGCGACACAACCGACUGUAGAGAUGGGUCGUGUCGUAUGCCUUGCGGAAGUCUUGUCCUGGAGGUCAGAACACGCCAUAGAGGAUAGUUCAGCAGCCUCGUCGGGAGGGAUGAAUGGCGAGUCGGAAUCUGAGCUUAGGACCAACGGAAAGGGCAAGGAACCUCUCAGAGGUCCGUUCAUUCCGACAGUAGAGGAGAUCCACGAAGCCUUUGACUCGAUCAAUGCGACGAGAUACAAUCAGCCUCUACAUCUAGGCGGUGAGCUCUCCCAUCUCCUGCUCACUCCUUUCCCAUCGGGUCAUACGCUUGGAGGUACCUUGUUCAAGCUACGAUCACCAACAUCGGGCACAGUCCUGUACGCUGUCGGUAUCAACCAUACGAGCGAGCGACACUUGGACGGAAUGGUCGGAGGGCAAGGGGGUGCCUCAGGUUAUUCAGAAGGGGUUACUAGGCCAGACCUGCUGAUUAUCGAAGGAGGAAGAGCCGAUAUAGUCAAUGCGAAGCGGAGAGAUCGCGAAAGCGCCUUCUUGGAUCUCAUCACCUCGACCCUUCAAUCAAAUCAUUCGGUCCUGAUCCCUUCUGAUCCGUCUCCUCGCCUGAUGGAAACGCUCGUUUUGCUAGAUCAACACUGGUCAUUCAAGCUUCAACCAUUGCCUGGUCAAAGUCGUCCUCCAAAUCAGCUUUGGCCAUACCCGUUAUGCGUCGUGAGCCGUACUGCUCAAGACAUGUUGGCAUUUGCGCGAAGCCUUAUAGAGUGGAUGGGAGGUGUGUUGAGGGAUAGUGGAGGAGAGGAUGUAUUAGAGGGCGGCAGAAAAGGCAGAAGGCGUGGCAAGAAAACGAACGGAGCCAUGGGAUCUGACUACGGUGUAUUGGACUUUAGGCAUAUCCAAUUUUACUCUUCGCCGACAGAAUUGAUGCACGCUCAUCCGCUCAUGCGGCCAAAAGUUGUGUUGGCGAUUCCUCCCACACUCUCUCACGGACCUUCCCGGUGGCUCUUCACCGCCAUGGCUGGGACUGAAGGCAAUGUGGUGCUUCUGACCAGUCGAGGCGAGGAGAACACCCUGGCUCGUGAUAUUUACAACAUCUGGGCGGCGGGUCAGGAUGCUACGGCUCUGUGGGGCAGAGGAAGAGUCGGUCAUCUUCAGGAUCUGAUCGGCAACAUGCAGCUAGAGAUGGAUACAAAAGUGCCAUUGUCCGGUGCCGAACUUGAGGCCCACCUCGAAGCUGAGAGGGAGCAGAAGGAAAAGGAAGCUGCUCAUCAAGCUGCCCUGGCCAGAUCUCGGCGAAUGCUGGAAGCAGACGACCUGGACACCGACUCCGAGUCUGGCUCAGAUGACGAUGAAUUCGGAGGUACCGAAGGCAUGCUCAUCACUCGUCCCACAGAAGCAGAGACAGAGGAUAAGAUGCAAAUGUCAUUCGAUAUCUUCGUCAAGGGUCAACAGAUGCGAGUCGGCAGGGGCAACCAAGCGGGAGAGAUGACAAGAUUUCGAAUGUUCCCACAUCUAGAGAAGAAGGGUCGGAAAGUCGAUGCGUUCGGUGAAGGUAUCGAUGUCGGUUCAUGGAUCCGUCGAGGCAAAGAGAUCGAAGAGGAGGGCGAGACGCAGGAAGUGAGGGACGCAAAAAAGCGCAAGAUCGAGGAAGAGGAAAAGAAGAAGGAACCGCCCGAGCCGCCCUCCAAGUUUGUUAACGAGAUCGUGACUGUUUCACUGCAUGCGUCAGUAUUUUUCGUCGACAUGGACGGGCUGCACGAUGGUCAGGCCAUCAAGACGAUCAUCGGAGAUCUCCAACCGCGAAAGAUUAUACUCGUGCGGUCGUCGAAAGAGACUACGUUUGACCUCAUCAAAUCUUUGGGUUCGACGAAAGCUACAAAGGACAUUUUCGCUCCCUCAACCGGUGAACAAGUUGUCGUCGGAGAGCAAGUCGCCAGCUUUUCCGUCAUGCUCGGAGACUCCAUUUCUUCGACUUUGGGUUCGAAGUGGUCGAGGUAUGAGGAUUACGAGGUUGCGGUCAUUGAUGGCAAUAUUAUCUUUGCCACUGGAUCUACGGUCCCGACUCUAGAGGCUUCUUUCGUCCCUGUCCCUCCUGUCGUCAAGGAAGUCAAAGUUGAGACGGACACCAUCACGAACGAACCCGCGGCAGCUACCGAUGGUGAUGGGGAAAUGGCAACAGUCAAGUUGGAACCAGAGCCAGCACCGGAAGAGGCCGCCGAUAUGGAGGCAAUCCAAACUUCAAGCAAAGCCUCAUUACCCCUUCUCACAGUCCCGUCAUCCAUAUUUGUUGGUGAUCUUCGUCUAGCGAUCCUCAAAUCUCGCCUUGGAUCCCUAGCUCCACCCAUACCAGCUGAAUUUGCAGGAGAAGGAGUCCUAAUCUGUGGUCCAGGUGUUCUCCAAGGGGAUGCUGCUAAAGCAGGAAGUAUAGUUGCCGUGCGAAAGUUGUCAGAGGGGAAUAUUGUCCUGGAGGGUGGAAUAGGCAGGACAUAUGACGAUGUCAAGAAAGAGCUGUAUAGGGGCUUUGCACAGGUCGUCGCUGCUUGACCUCGUGAGCAUCAGCAUCAUCAUGCAUUCAUCAUCAUGUUG